AUGGCUGGCGGUACUGCUAUUUGCCAAACUGUUGAAGAGGCUGUCGCACCUCUCACGCCCCAAAGACCACGUGCAUCUCCGAUGGAGGUCCAAAACCAACUCAAUGGCAUGGGGACAUGGCGUCGCUACAAACUCGGCCAGGCUCAAUUUACCAGCUGGCUGAAGCAAACGGCGGAGAAGCUGUUGACUCGAAAGAAUGAGGGCGCAAGAAAUGAAGACGAGGCGGAUGGCAACGCAGAUUCGACGACACCGCAGCAGUCACGUCGCCAAAAGAAGAAAGCCAAGUCUGCUGGGAGUAGCAUCGGGAUUACGUUUGACACAGGUGCCGGCAAGUUUGUUCACUGGAGCCAGCUUGAGGUCCUCGCCCAACGGGUCGUCGAUAAUGCCACCCCCGACGACGUCCCCGUGGCCGCCCUCAACAUCCUCCGCGAUGUCGUGAGUCUGCGGAAAAAGAGCUUUAGUUUUUUUAGUAGCUCUGCCAAAGACACCGACGAUGAGAAGCUCAAGCAGAGCAACGCCAAUCACGCGCACAUCAUCAGCGUCCUCGAACGGGUCCUGGCCAGGCUGGAAGCCCUUGUCAAUGCCGGCGGGGGCAGCCAGCGCAGGCCGAAGUCGACCGACAACUCUCGGGUUAAUACGUCCGACCUAAGUAAUAUGUUUGCCUUCCUCGAACUACAAACCGAGCCUGACACAGCCGACGACGCUGCGGCCGACCAAUUCGAGGAAGAAGCGGCCAUUGAGGAAAGGGGAGCCCCACAGAAACCGGGGAAAAAGAAGGGUGGAAAGAAAAUGGGAAAGCCCAAGAAGCACGGGGCAAAAUCCGAAAGGGUAGUGACAAAGGCCAAGAACAACACCUCCUGGGUGGACAAAUUCCGUUUUGGGUUACCCGGCGAGGAAGAGGAGGAGGACGAGUUCGAUCUCUACAUGAUGGUCUAUUGCUUCUUCGAAGACUUCAACACCAUCCGGAGCUACAUCGCGGAACGGUGGUGCGACUACUGGUACGACAGGUCCGUGCCGCUUGACACAUUGGCCGUCGUCACCAAUGCCGCCUUCGAACUUUUCCAUCAGCUCGAGUACGAUCUCGUCCGGGAACUGAGACCACUCAGUCCCGAGUUGGCGAGAUACGAUUUUAUGAUGAGCAUGCUCUUCUACCACUACGGCAUCGACCAUAUCGACUAUGACUCGUACGACGACCUCACCGAGGACGAGCAGGACGAGCGUAUUUGGAGGGACGAGUCCGACUGGUUGGCGCUACCAUCCCAUUUUACACUGCAACGAACCCUGGAGAUGAUACCACCGGGAAAGGUGCCGAUGCUGGCUCCGUCUCAACGCAGUCCCACCGUCUACGGCGCUCGGACCCCGGAGGAGUGGAAGAGUUUCGAGACCUUAGUGACCAACCAGAUUAUCAUCGAAGGCGCCCACCUGAAGGCCCUCAAGGUCAACCAGCAGGAACCACCGGUACUACCCACGGAAUCGCUACUCUUACUAGACUUUCAGGAUUGUCUGAAGAGAAACAGCUACAACUCGGCGCUCAUCUUUUCCCUGCACCUCUGGGUAGACAUCCGCAACAUCAUGGAAUCCGAUCAUGACAAGCCGUUUGAGGAACUGAAGACCACCGCCACGAAGCUCAAAGAAGCGCUCGAAAAACACAACCCAAACAAGUAUCGCAAGGACCACGACUUCAAGCGGGCCUGGAUCGGUCGCCUUUGGGAGACUAAGCAUUACAUGGUGGAAGACUUCUUGUUCGAGGACAAGAAGGCCCGUUUCCGGCAGAUUGGGAUGCAGGAAGACCCCGAGCCAUUCUUUCUGCUCAGACAUGAGCCCGUAUGGGCAGGUUUACUCGACUUCCGGGCAAAGUUGGUGUAUAGCCAGCUAGGGCAUGAAUUUGUCCUGCUUAGCUCCAUCGUUGAUGCUGCAGCAUGCCUGUAUCAUGCCGCUCGCGCGGCGGACCCAGACCUCCCUCACUGGGACGACAUGGAUAAGUAUGUGGACACGCAUCAGGCCGGAUCACGAGACGGGGAGAGUGCAGCGGCUAUCAUCCACAAGUACGCGGAAUCACGGGGCAGGAAGUCGGCGCAACGUGAGAAGGCCACCCACCCAGCCGAUAGCGGUCGUCCAAACGCGGCGGUGGCCGUACGACAGAGUUUGUAUCAGCGAUAUGCUUUUGACGAAAGACGCGCACCUUUUGUUGACUACCUCGGGGAACUCACCACACAGCGACUGCAGAUUGAGCGCACGGAACGACAAGGCGCCCGCAACACACUUGCACUCUUGCAUACCAACACGACCGAUGCAGGCGAAGAAAUUGGCGACGGGACCUUGACGAUCGCGAAUGGUGUGGCCAAAGCCACCGACGACGAGGUAGACUUCGAACGUGAUUCGGAGCUUUCCCAACUUUCGCCCAUCAAAAUGCUUGAGCUGCUGGAUGAGACAGUCACAUCUCAGGUGGAAGGGUUGCUCACUCUCGAUUACUUCAAGCUGUUUGAUGAGUCGGCCGCUUUGCUUGAAGCUGUUGUCGGCGGGUUUGGCCCUGAUAUGGAAAGCCGUCUUGGCCCCCACAACGAUGAAUCGCCAGCCAGGCUCGAGCAAUUACCCAUUCUUCUCAGCCAAGACCUGCAGGAUUCGCAGGGCUCUGAGCAGGAGACGGAUAUUAUUAACACUGUGGCUGGAACAUGUUGGAGAGUCCUUCAAGGACUUGUGUGA